AUGUUUCCUUUUUUACCUUUUUUGACAUUUCCAAAAAAUGACAUAGAAAGGAGAAGGAGAGAUAAAUAUUUAACUAUCCAAAUCAGCUCACAAACUGGUACACCAAUAUUUAAACGAAAAAAAUUACCUAUUUCUUCAUUACCUCAUAAAGGUACACUUACCACAUAUGAGAGUCAAAUAGAAAUAGAACGAACGAUUGAUAAUAUUAAUGAAAAAUGUCAAAUCAAAAUUUCAAAUGAUAAUAACAAUGAAAUUUUUGAGAAUAUACAUAAUAAAAAUGAUAUUAACUUAACUACUACAUCAUCAUCAUUUAAUUCUUCUGAAAAUAAUAUUAUGGAUAAUGAUAUUAAACAAAAUACGAUUAAUAAUGAUGGUGUUCUUUUAUCUACCGAUAUUAAUGACCAUGACAAAUUUAAUGAUAAAAAUGAUGUUCAAUUGACAGAUGGCACUAAUAAAUUAUUUGAUGAGAAUGUUUUAGAGAAAUAUCCUGUUAAACAAUCACCUACUAAUGAUAAAAAUAUUAUUAAUGAUGUUAAUGAAAGUAAUUUAUUAUCAAAAACUGAUUUGCAAACUAGUUUUUAUGUUGAAAAAUUAAAUAGUAUUAAUUUAGAUGAAAUAACGGAGGAUGAAAUUUUUGGACAGGUUAAAAAAACUCCACUUAUGUUUAAUCCCACGUUUAAAGAAUCAUCACCUGUUCCAUUUGAAGAGGAUCUCAAUAAAGAAGAGGAGGAUAAACAUAAUUUAUUAAUAAAAGAUAAUGACUCUAAAGAGGAAUCAAAUGAUGACGUUAAAAUUGAAUCAUUAAAAACGAAAGUUGAAGAUACAUUAAUUAUAAAAGAAAAUAAAAAUAUUGAUGAAAAUGUUGAUGAGUUAACAUUAGAUUCACGUGGAAAAUUAAUUCAUAGUCCAAUUCCACCAAAAAAUGUUAAAAUUUCUAAAACUCUUAGUUCAUCAAAACAAGAAAUUACAAAAUCAACUUCUGGAAAAUCAUCACCAUUAAAUAAAGGUAACAGAAAAGAUGUUAUAUCUCCAAGAGAUAAUAAUACAUCAAAAAGUAAUGAAAGAAAAUAUUCAAAUGAAAGAAUUUCUUCACCUCAUCUUAAAACAUCUUCAUCAUACCAAAGAAUUCAUUCUGUUUCACCAAGACCUGCAUCAGGUAGUCAAACUAAUUUAUCAAAUGAAAGAAAAAUAUCUUCUUCAGGAAGGUUAUCUUCUCCAAAUAAUAAAAACAUCCGUCAAAGUAAUGAUAAAAUAGAAAGAUUAAGUCAUAUUCAAGCACGUCCAAUGGAAAGACUUACUGAUAUGGGAAGAACAAAAUCAACUCCACCAAAUGUAUUAAAACAACAAUCUACUACUAAUGUAUCAUCUCCAAGAGUACCAACACCAGUAAAACAAUCGAAUCGUAAUCCAUUUGCUGUAUCAGAAGCAAUGUUAGCAAUAUUUGGAGACUCAUCAUCUGGUGGUGCUGGGGCAUGUUUUAAUAAAAUACCACCACCAAAUCCAGCAUUAAAAAAUAGAAAUUUUAAAAGAUCUAAUGUAUUAGAAAGAGAACAGGAUCAACCAUCAAUAUUUCCAAAUACAAAACCAAUUCCUGGACCAUCAUGUUCAUCUAGUACAUUUGAUGUAAUACCAGAUCAUGAUAAAGCUUAUGAUGAAGCUAAAAAAAGAGGUAAAUGGAUGGCAACUGAUAGUGCAUUUUCAAAAGUUGGUGGAACAUAUAAUGCUGAAAUUACUUGUGGACCAGAGCAUGAUAUUGAAAAUGAGAAUGAUGAAUUAAAUAAUGAGGGUAUUCUUGUUGUAGAGGAAACACCAUUUUCAGGAAGUCGUCGAUUUGUUAGUCAAAAAGAUGAAUAUAAUAAAAAUGUUGUUUGUCAACCAGGACCAGACAUUUAUGGUGAGGAUGACAAUGAUGAUGAAAAUAGCAUAAAAAUAGAGGAAAGAAAAACAUCUGUCAAUGAGAUAAAUACAAAUGAAUGUAUAAUUACUUGCAAAGAUGGUCAAGAUAUAACAUAUGAUCAUAUUACUAAUUGUCCAGAAAACAUUAAAAUUAAUUGUUUCUAUAAUAAAGAUGAAGAUUGUAAUGACCAUCAAAAGGGAAACAAAAUUUAUAAAGAUAAAAGUUGUGACAAUACCAGUUAUAGUAGUAGAGAUAAUGCCGAUUUAACACAACCUAAUAGUAUAUCUCCAUCUUUUCAAUAUACUAAUAGUGGUAUACCACAAACAAACUUUAAUGAUGUCCUUCCCUCACAAGAUAAUGAUGAAGUUAGUAAUAUUAUUGAUAAUAUAAAUUAUCAAACCACUAUAUUUAGUGAUAAUAUAAAAAAUAAUUUUAAUAGAGAAAAUAGUAAUGAUUCUCGUAAUUCAUUUUCACAAAAUUCUUCUAAUUCAGGUAUAAACAAUGAUUCUGAAGAUGAAUCAUCCUUAGGGAAAGGUUUACAAUCUUCUAAAGGAAAUAUUGCGAUUGAUAAGAUGGUUAAACCUGGAAAUACUUCUUCUGGAUCUGAUGUACCAUUAUUAAUAAAAAAUGGACAAAUUAUUAAUGACGACUCAUCAUUUAUUGCUAAUAUCUUAAUAGAGGGUUCUAUUAUAAAACAAGUUGGUAAUCAAUUUCCAAUACCUGAUGGUUGUGAGGUAAUUGAUGGAACCAAUAAAAUUAUAAUACCAGCUGGUAUUGAUAUUCAUACAGAAUUUUCUUCUUUUACAUCUAUUGAUGACUUUACAAUUGGUUCAAAAGCUGCUAUAGCUGGUGGUACAGCCACAAUUAUUGAUGUUGUCAUUCCAAGAAAUGAAAGUGAGAGCCUUUUAAGUGCUUUUGAAAGAACUAAAAAUCUUAUUAAUGGAAAAUGUCAAUGUAAUGCUGCAUUAAGUGUUAUGAUUUUAACAUGGAAUAAUGUUAUUCAAAAAGAAAUGGAUUGUCUUGUAAAAGAAAAAGGUGUUAAUAAUUUUAUUCUUAAUAUUUCAUCAUGUACAGAUGAUCAACUUUUUGAAAUAAUGGAAUUUUGUAAAAAAUUAGGUAUUAUUUUAAGAAUAUCACCAGAAAAUAACUCUGUUAUCAAGAUACUUGAAAGAAAAAUGCUUAAUUUAGGUGUCACAGGACCAGAAGGUUAUUGUCAAUCAAGACCUAUACAGCUUGAAACAGAAAAAAUUACAAGUUUAGGAACUUUCUCUCAAUUAUCAAAUUGUCCUGUAUCAAUUGUAUCAUUAACCUCUUCUGAAGGUUGUCAAGCACUUCAAUCAUCUAAUAUUAAUGGUGGUAUAUUAACUGCUGAAAUACCAAUUGUUGCUUUAGCACAAAAUGGUGAUAUUUAUUAUGAUAAAAAUCUUGCUUUAGCUUCAACAUUUAUUAUUAGAAAUCCAUUACGCCCUGGUAGACAACAUGCUAAUACCUUGUUAAAUGCUUUAUCAACAUUACCAUUAGCUAUGUGUGUAUCUGAUCAUAAAGCAACAAAAAAUUAUGAUAGAAUUACAGCUACUGAUUUUACAAAAAUGAUUCAUGGUGUUCCAGCUGUUGAAGAGAGAUUACCAGUAUUAUGGGAGAAAGCUGUAUGUUCUGGUUCAAUGAAUUAUAUGAAAUUUGUUGCUGUAACAAGUACAAAUGCUGCAAAAGCUUUUAAUAUGUAUCCAAGAAAAGGUAGAAUAGAGAUUGGAGCUGAUGCUGAUAUAACAAUUCUUGACACGACAAUAAAAAGACAAAUAAGUGUAAAAAAUCAAAUGUCAACAGCUGAUUUUAAUGCCUUUGAACAGAUGACUGUUCAUUGUCAAGUUGUUGCAACAAUUUGUGGUGGUAAUAUUGUUUAUCAAGAUAAUAAAAUUGUAAGUAAUGGUACUAAAACACAAAAUGAUAUGUAUUUACCAUUAUUACCAAAUAGUCCUCAUCUCUUUUCUCAAGUACAACAAAGAGAAAAAAUGGUUGGAAAAGUUGAAAAAAUUGAAAGAGAUGAGAAUGAUUCAAGAAAAAGUUCAAUUUCAUCAACAGGAGGUACAUCAAACGUUCGAGGACCAAAAGUUAAUCCAGCUUUUCAAUCAAGUUUUGAUACAAGAUCAAAUUCAGGAAGUAAUAUAAGAAAUCAAUUUGAAUCUACAAUAAACCAACCAUUGCCACCAAAUCCCAAUAGAUCGGGAAUUAAAUUUAAAAACCCACCAGGUGGAAGAAGUACCGGAUUAUGGUAA